GGACUCGAUGAGCUCUGGAGCUCCCUUCCAACCCCUACAAUUCUCUGAUUCUGUGAUUUCCGGCCUCGCUUGGCUCGGCUCGGCUCCUCUCGGCCGCAGCAUGGCCCCGCCGGCGGGAGACGUGUCCCGGGAGCUGCAAGAAAGCAUCCGCCGGGCCCUGGGGCGGCCCCGCAUCCACCUGCUGCUGCGUGCCCGCCUGGAGACCAAACCCCGUCGGCUGGAGGAGAGGAUCCUGGCCCUCACUGCCUGGCGCCUGCACCUCUUCGGCCCCACAACACCGGCCAAGCAGGGUUUUCAUACUGCUGAGCCCUUUCCUACCUGUUUGCACAAAGAUUGCCAUGAGGAAUUGCACGUGGAUUUGCAUGCCCAUCUGUGUGCCCACGUGCACAAAGAUUGCUGUUUGCUGCCAGGCUGAAGGUUCCCUGAGCGUGCUGGAGAUUCGCUGCAUCAGUGCCACCAGCCCCACCCAGGUACCCACCACCUCCCAGUGCAGACCAGUAUGGGCCAGUGCGGACUGGUGACCCUCAACUGCUUGCCCAGAAUCAUGCCGAGCCUCUC